AGAACUGCCAGACAACUCUCUGUCUCCCUCCCUGCUCCAUUUCUGCUUCUGAAGCCUGUGCCCAGUUUUUGGCCAUCGCUGUGGUCUUUGGGUACCCGCUAGAGUACAACAGGAUGGCCGAGAAGCAGGAACAACCUCCAGAGGCCCAGAAUGGUGAAAAAGCUGAAACGGCUGAAAAUGCAGAGGAAUCUGCAGAGGCAGAAAAGCCAAAGGAACUGGAGGAAUUGCCACCCUUUGAAAUUGUCACAGGAGAACGGCUUCCAGCCUGCUUUUUCAAUUUCCAGUUCAAGAAUGUCGAAUACAGUUCAGGAAGAAACAAGACCUUCUUGUGCUACAUCAUAGAGAUUCAGGGCAAGGAGUCCAAAAUCGUACGGGGCUACCUGGAAGAUGAACAUGCAGCAGCCCAUGCAGAAGACGCCUUCUUCAACACUAUCUUGCCCAAGUGUGAGUCUGGCUUGCGCUACAAUGUCACCUGGUACGCCAGUUGUAGCCCCUGUGUAGGAUGUGCUGAUCGGAUAACUAAAGCACUUCAGAAGAACAAGAAUCUACAUCUCUCCAUUUUAGUAGGUCGUCUAUUCAUGUGGGAGGAACCUGACAUACAAGCUGCCUUGAAGAAAAUGAAAACAGCUGGUUGUAAAUUGAGGAUCAUGAAACCUCAAGAUUUUGAGUAUGUCUGGCAAAACUUUGUAGAGCAGGAGGAAGAAGAAGCAAAGGCAUUCACACCCUGGGAAGACAUUCAAGAGAACUUCCAAUUUUAUGAAGAAAAGCUUGCUGAACUUUUGCACUGAGGAAAAAAAAUGUGCCAAACCAAUGGAGCAACAAGCAUGAUAUACUGAUAUUUGGGACUCUCAACUCAGUUUUCCAGAGCUGCUUUGAAACAGGAAACACCAGAUGUCUCCAGCUGACCCACUGCUAAAAAUAAAAAUAAAUUUAUUAUAAUGCA